GAUGCCAACAACAUCCGGACGAGGUGGCCGAGUGGUUAAGGCGUUGGACUGCUAAUCCAAUGGGCUCUGCCCGCGUGGGUUCGAAUCCCAUCCUCGUCGAUGCGUGCACUGCGGAGGCCUGGCGGUGGAGGCCUGGCGGCGUGGCAGGAGGCCUGGUGGUGGCCAGGCCCCCUGGCCUCGUCAAGCUGUAUGCUUAUAGCUCUCUCGCCAGGGUGGCCUUCAACGCUGCAUUUUGUGCAUGUUGCUCUGACGAAGCGUUCGCCGCACGCACGGAAUCCAAUGGGUCUCGGGCAGAGCAGCGUCGCGACGAGAGCAAAUGCUCCGCGGGCCCCACACCGCCCACACCGGCGAUCGCCCGACUUGGAUGCGGCCUCGGUCAUUCUGGAGGCCCUCGAACAAGCCCCGGCUCGGAACUCGCCGCGCAGGAUAUCUCUGGCGACAGAAUCCUCUGAGGAAGAAAUAUCCGAGCAAACUGUCAGCCCACAGGUUGAGGCCGUCAUCAGCGCCGGCAUCCUCCAGCUGGGCUUGGAGAUCCUGCUUCACCUUCGGCGCGAAGACACGGUGGAGGAAAGCAACGUGAUCCUUUCGCCGUACGCCGUGGCCAGCACGGUGGCAGGUCUGCUUGCCGAUCCCAGCGCAAACGCCGCCACGGCCAAACAGGUGACACGACUGUUGCACCUUACGUCGCUGGACGCGAGUCUGUCGGCGUACUUCGUGCGUCGCGACCGCGUCGUGCCGCGCUGUCGCAACGACGGUGUGCACUCGUUUGACAUGGCCUACCAGACCGUCGUGCACUACGACUACCACCGGGUAGGUAACGAAGACGACGACGCCACGGCGUCGGCGUUCAGUCCCACGGCCGUGCGCGCGUCUCGCAUGCCGUGGGACUUCGAGCGCGAGCCGGAGUCCAGCCGAGCCGACGCGGACCACCACGCUCGAUGCUACGCACCGUCUUUCGCGCCCGAUGAAAUCCUGCCCAGGGGCACGGUGACAGAGUCGACGCACCUGUUGCUGCUCAGUGUGAUCGACUUCGAAGGCACCUGGAAAUACCCGUUACGCGCCAAGGCCGUGGAGCAAGGGUUCUUCUACGAAAGUCCCCGUGCCCCAAUCACGGUGGGCGCGAUGAAGAUGACUGGGCGAUUUAGAGUGUUCGAUGCCAGCAAGAACUUCGGCGCCAUGGUGAUUGAAGUACCCUACGCAGGUCCAAAAGGCACCUUCAGUUUGCACACGAAGGACAAAGAUCCCAAGGUUGCCUUGGUCCUCUUUAUUCCCGCGGAUAUGGACGGCCUGGAUAAGCUGGAACGUGCACUCAACGUGGCGAAUGCCAGCGAAAUAUUGCGCCAGCUCCGUGAAGUGGACAACGUCGAGCUCACUCUGCCACUGUUCCGAACCAAGCAGGUCAUCGACUUGAAGCAGACACUUACCUCGCUCGGCUUCGGAGCGUGGCACACGGACCAACUGCAAUCUCUGAACCCGAGUAAGCCGGGCCCUCCCGCCGUAAGCGCUGCUAUACACGCGGCCGCUUUCCGCGUCUGCACCAAAGGCGCCGCUCCUCAGAAGACCGAGUCGAAGAGGAAGGCGACACGCCGCUUCUCCGUGGACCGGCCUUUCUUGUUCAUGGUGACGUGCAGAGACCCGGACGCGGUGCUCCUGCUGGGUUCGGUCAAGCACAUCAAUUGGUAGAUGGAAACUGCACGCGCGGUACUCGCUCCAAUGUGAAGGUAGAAAUUAAAGGCGUUUGCUCGUACAUCUCGUGCAAGGGAUGAUGUGGUUAAGCAGUGAUGAACAGGUUACAAAGGCUUCGUCUAUAGCUAGAGAUGAAGUUAGAAGGGCCUUGCAGGGCAUGUACCGGGAAAACACGGCCGUAGAGGUGGAAUCACGCUCGAUAUAAUCAAAGAUGGUGGAAAUAUUAUAAUUGAAAAACUUGCGGCCCUUUAUACGCAAUGCCUCUCGACUUCAAGCGUACAGGAAAGCUGGAAGAAUUUGGAUGGUGUUAGGAAGAUUUCGGUGGUACAAAAACUGGUUAACGU